CAAUUAGUGGAGGUUAGAUCUACUAACAAUGAGAUCAGGGGAUGCUUGAUGCAUAGACUGCAGUAGUUCUAUGUCUCAUGUAUAUUCCUUAAUUCACCACAAGUCCGCUCCUUUCUUAUCUGCCUACCUAAAAUUUCCAACAAGAAACAGGUAAGAAUAAUGGCCGGAGGAGGCUUCCUGUCUUCCAAGUUCACCACGAUGGUAGCCAAGCUGCAUAGCUUGGCCUCAUCGUCAACGCCAUCUUCUUCUUCGUCGCCACACAACAAUAUUGAACAAGAGAUGAGGAAGUUGAGAAAGACGAUGAGAAGAAUCCAAGCCAAACUUGCUGACUCAGAGGAGGAGAAUCAGGUAAAAAGUCACUCGGAGAAGCUUUGGCUUAGCGAGCUCAAAGAUGUUGCCUGUGAGGCGGAAGACGUAGUAGAAGAGUACGAGUACGAGGUGAUGCGUUCCAGACAACUGCAUGAGAGCAACAGUGGGGCACAUGAGAUUCAUGAUUAUAAACCCAACAGGAUGAACUAGCAAAUAAAGCUGCCGAGAUAAGGAAAAGCUUUGACGAGAUCACCAAAGAGUGGAAACUCCUAACGUUGCCUAAGAACUCUGGAAAGAGAAAGAGAAUAGUUGGGAAUCGAGAAACAGGCUCUUUAGUGGUUGAAUCAGAUGUUCUUGGAAGAGAAGAGGAAAAGGAUAUGCUGGUUAAAUGGCUCCUGUCAGAGGAUGAUACAUCAGUGAAUAAAGUUUCUGUAAUUGCUGUAAUUGGGAUGGGGGGACUAGGCAAAACAACACUGGCUCAGCUUGUCUAUAAUGAUCAAAGAGUGAAAAGCCAUUUUGAUUUAACAGGAUGGAUCUGUGUAUCUGAAAAUUUUCAUGUUGUUAGUUUGACAGAGAAGAUCCUGCAAUCAUUUGCCAAAGUGAAAGUUCAUGAAGAACUAGAUGAGCUGCAACAUACACUACAAGAGAAUUUUCCGGGGAAAGGGAAAGUUUCUGAAAAACUUGAUGUGCUCCAACAUGCACUCCAAGAUAAUCUGCAGGGGAAAAAGUUUUUGUUGAUAUUAGAUGAUGUUUGGAAUGAAGAAUUCACUCUCUGGGAUGAAUUAAGAAAGCCCUUAGUCUCAGCUCAAGUGGGUAAAGUUAUAGUGACUACUAGGAAUCAACCAGUUGCUAAAAUUAUGGAGACAAGAAGUCCUCUCGACUUGAAUUGCUUACCAUUUGAUGUAUGCUGGCAAUUGUUCAAGGGAGUCACUUUGGGUGGAGCAGAUAAGAGCCUACAACCACAUCUUGAAUACCUUGGUAGGAAGAUAGUAGACAAGUGCAAAGGCUUACCUAGGCUGUGAAGGUGCUUGGAGGUGCUCUCAGAAACAAAGAAGAUAUAGAUUCAUGGGAGGAGAUACUAGAGAAUGAGAUGUGGGAAUCAGAAGAAACAAAUAAUGGAGUUUUACCUGCUCUUAAAAUAUCAUAUGAUUGCAUGCCGAUCCAACUUAAAAGAUGCUUCCAAUACCUGUCCUUAUUUCCCAAAGACUCAAGUUUACAUUCAAGAGAUAUAUGCCUAUUAUGGAUGUCACAAGGUCUUCUUCCUCUUGGUGGAGAUAAGAGAGCAGAGGAGAUGGGCAGCAAUUAUAUAAAGAGAUUGGCUGAGAGAUCAAUGCUAAAUCUUGAUGGAGAAUAUUUUUCGAUGCAUGAUCUUGUUCACAAUCUUGCGCAAUAUAUAGCUCAGGAUGAAUACCUCUAUGUGAUGGAUAACAAAUUCGACAUAAAGAAAUUACAAAAGAUUCGACACUUGUCGGUGAGCAUAGAAGAUCCUCAUCUACUAAAACAUCUGGAUUCUGGAGACAGUAAAAGAUCUUCAACAACUAAAACUCAUGCGGACACUUUUUAUUAGAGUCCUUGACGAUGUUUCUAUUACAAGCCAAGACACAACUUUUGGAGUCCUUGACGAUCUUUUCCAAAAAUUGAAAUAUAUACGGGCACUCCAUUUAAGCCAGAUUUGCAUCACAAGGCUACCGGAUUCAUUGGGCAACAUCAAACUACUUCGUUACCUUUCUAUAAAAGAUCAUGAAAUACAGAGUCUUCCGGAGUUCGUAUGCAGCCUUUAUAACUUACAAACUCUGGAUCUGACAGAUACAAAUAUUUCUGUACUCCCAAGUCAGAUUGGAAAUUUGAUAAACCUACGUCAUCUUUUGGUUCCUUUACCAAGGUCAGUUCUUUUACCAAGGCAGUUUCGAAAUUUGAUAAACCCACACCCACAUUAUCUUUCGCUUCCUUCCCAAUUAGCCUUUCUUCCACCUGGAAUUGGAAAGUUGACCAACUUGCAGACACUGACUCACUUCAACGUCAGUGAUGAAAAAGAGCAUUGCGACAUAGGAGAAUUGAAUAGUUUGAUGAAACUUGGAGGGCAUAUCCUCAUUUAUCUUUCAACACAUGAGGACAGAUUUUCAAACUCAAAACCGCCUCUGAAGACAAAAAAGUUUCUUGAUUCUUUGGACUUACAUUGGGGUAAGGAUGGUUUUGACAGUUUGACAGAUAGAAAUCAGGCAGAGUGGCAGCUUAAGUACCUCGAACCGCAUGUCAAUCUCAAGACCCUUAAAAUAACCCACUAUCCGGGUGUCAGAUUUGUUGGAUGGGUGGGCGCUUCAUCCUUCACUAAGUUGACCCAUUUGGUUCUACAAAAUUGUUGUUACAAGUGCAAUAAACUUCCACCGCUGGGUCAACUUCCUUCUCUGGAAGAGCUUGUGAUAUCUAGUAUGAAUGGCAUUCGACAUGUGGGACGUGAAUUUUGCUCCAUGUUAAUGGCAUCUCCAUCUUCUUCCCAAAACAAAAUUGCAUUUCCCUCUCUAAAACGCUUGGUAUUUGACAGUAUGGAAAAUUGGGAAUCGUGGGAUGGAGUGGAGAUUGGAGAUUUCCCCGUUCUCCAUUUUAUCGAAAUUUCUAAAUGUUCAAAGCUGAUCAAGUUUCCUCUUAUGUAUUAUGUGAAAGAAAUGAGAAUACGUGGCUGUGGUGCACUCGAUGUUCCAAUUUUGCAUUCAGUGACAAAUUUACACAUUGAUGUCAGAACUCAGGAACGUGAGUGGAUGUCCAAGUGCCACUUUCCAACUCUCAGACACUUGACACUAAAUAGCAAAGUGCAAAUUGUUCAUCUGUCACAGAAACGACUACCUUCACUCAAGAUUUUAAAGAUUGGAUCAUCUAUAGAAUUGUGGGUUGUUAUGGGGUUAAAAAAUCUCACAUCCUUGAAUUCUUUAAUUAUAGAAGAUUGCCCUAAUCUUAAGUUCAAGAAGUUACCAGCCACCCUCCAACAACAACAAGUGAAGCUCGACAGGUGUCCUUUAUUUGAGAAAGAGUUCAAAGAACAACAGCAUAUGCCCAUCUUGGGAGAGGAAGAGGAAGAGGAAGAGGAAUUAAAGCUUCUGGAGCUACGACUUGGGAAUUAUGGAGAAGAGAAAGGAGAAGGAAUUAAAGCUUCUGGAGUCACGACUUUGGAAUGAUGUAGAGGAUGACAACAGCAAUGAUGAUAACAUGCAUAACUGAUUCUUAACAUGGAGAAAGGAUUCUAAUAGUGAGGAUCCAUCUGUUUAUUUUUAAUCAUUUUUAUUUUAAUUGAAAUAUAUGAUAUAAUUUUUUUA